GUCCAUUCCGAUUGCGUUUCGCUCGUCCUUGGACAGAACCGGCCGAGACUUGAGACGACUCUCAGCGGACGGACUCGCCUAAUGAAUGACCCCCCCCUCAUAUGUCGUCAACGGUCAACCACGCCUUCGGAAGUGACGAACAACUUUUCCAUCUCUUCCAAAGGACGAAGAAACACUUCCUGAUCGAGACGACGAAUAUGGGGAAAAGGGGCGCCGGAUCACAAAAAGAAAGACAAAAAGCGCGCCAGGAAAGAGGGGGAGAAAAGAAGUAGAAAGAAGAAAAGCAAAAACCUCGUCAAACACCAG